AUGACGUUCAGUACACCUCCUUUUAUUCAUCUCGGUAUUGAUGUCAGGACUGGAAAGUCCUAUCACAUUUGUUCACGCAAGUCACUGCUGUCUUUUAGUGCAAUUCUAUUGCUACUAAUCGCCAUGUCAUCGGAACGAUUCUUGUUUAAGUUCAUGGUGGAUCGUAUGGAGUCGUACAGAUAUUUUCUGUACGAGGUCAUGAUAUUUCUAUACAUUCCUCCAAUGUUUUGUAUCACUGGAUAUAAAGCAACACAUGGUACUUUUACGGAAGAUGAUGGAAUGGAAUUUCCGAAAUUUCACUUUUGUAUCAUGGGUUUACUUGAUUUUCUUCAGGGUCUGCUAUUAUUUAUUGCUGGUGGUCGAACAGAUCCAACACAAACACUUUUGUUUAUGCAGGCUUCGAUUCCAAUCUCGUCCUGUAUCUCAGCUGUAUUUUUUGAUGUGAGAUAUACACGACCUCAGGUUGUAGGUAUGCUGGCUAUUACAGGUGGCCUUGUUCUAUCUCUGAUUCCGUCCAUUGAAGAUAUUCAGAGCAAAGACUUUGACGAUCGGGAGAUCGGUUGGAACAGUAUGUUUUACCUCUUUGCAGCAAUCCCAGGCUCGUUGUCCAUGCUUUAUAAAGAGCGCGUGAUUAGCGACCAGCCAGUGGACAUGUCAUACCUAAAUGCAUGGGUCUCGGUGAAUCAGUUUGUAGCUGGAUUGCUAGCGGCUCCAUUCAUUUUCGACACCGAAUUUCUCCAUCUCGACCAGAAAGCCAGUGGUUUCAUGUGUUUGAUUCAGGGCGAAAGUGAGGUGUCUGCGGAUCAUUGCUAUAUGGGUCUUCCAAUCUUAAUCCUCUAUAUCUUCAGCAAUAUUGUCGUGAAUCUGCUGCUACUUCAACUUAUCCGUCUGACUAACGUGUCAACCAUGUACGGGUGCACGCUUGCAGGAUUUGUGACUUCAUUCAUGGUUAUGGCAUGGUAUCAGGUGGACCCUGACAAUUUUGGUAUCAUAAAUCUUCACGAUGGUCUGCGAAACUGGAUCCCACCUUCCGUGUUCGUAGACGUCUUUGCGUUCCUGAUCAUUUUUGCCGGCAAAGUACUUUAUCAAUGGGAUUCCGAUCCGAAGGUAGAAGCAACAACUUUGUCUGCGGAGGACAAAGAAGUCAUGUCGUUACUUGAUGGAGAAGACGACUACGGACUUCGCUAUACAUGA